AUGCCGGAGGUAAAGUUUGGAAUAAUACGCGAACCCAGCAACGUACCAUUCGAUGGAUUAAUAGGUAGCGAUUAUCUAGAUUUCGAAGAUUUCGGGAUUAGUGGAAAAAAACUCGAAUUAGGAAUAAGGUCAAUUCCAUUUCCGUUAAAAUUACAUCGAUAUUCAAAUUCUCAACCAGAGUCGUCUUGUUUUUUAUUAAAUGCUCGUUCUGAGACUGUCGUUAAAGUCAAAAUAAAUAACCCCUCUAUAAAAGAAGGUAUUAGCCCUGAAUUGGAAUUAACAGAAGGUGUUUAUUUAGCUAAAGGGCUUUUAACUGUAAACGACGACGAUUUAACUCAAUUAAAAUUUGAAAUAGAAGUUUUAGAAGAAGUAAGUAGGCAGAUAUUUUUAGAAGUCCAUGAAAACCGAAAUAUGUUGGAAAGAAUUGAAUGGUCAAAAACAUGGAAGGGAAUAUAUUUUAAUUUUCUGGGAUACAUAUUUUCUGGAUAUUGUUUAUGGAAAAUACUUAUUUGUACAAUAAAUAUUGUUUUUGAUAGAGUGGGUAAAAAGGAUCCUGUUACAAGGGGUAUUGAAAUAGCUAUUCAUUGGAUGGGGUUCAAUUUUGAUGUCAAUUUCUGGUCGCAACAAGUAUCAUUUUAUUUGGUUGGUGCUAUUGUAUUUACAUCUAUAAGGGGAUUACUAUUAACUUUAACAAAGUUUUUUAAUAGAAUGUCUUCAAGUAAAAGUUCAAACAUUAUUGUGUUGGUUAUGGCUCAAAUAAUGGGAAUGUACUUUGUUUCUUCAGUUUUACUACUUCGGAUGAAUAUGCCAGUUCAGUACAGAACAAUAAUUACCGAAGUAUUAGGAGCUCUUCAGUUUAGUUUCUACCAUCGAUGGUUUGAUGUAAUCUUUUUAGUAAGUGCUCUGGGUAGCAUUUUAACUCUAUAUUUAGCUCACAAACCACCAACUAGAGACACAAUGUGAUUUUGUUUUUAUAAUGAUUACUAUGGUUUUUACAAUUGUAUUAAAUACAUAUGAAAAUAUAAGUUUUAUUAACGUUA